UGGAUAAAACGUGCCCAAACCUAAAAGUUGGUUUAAUUUCUAAUAGGCUACCCAAAAAGUGUUUUCCGUCGAAUAUCGAUAGAGAGAGUUAUCGUAUAAUUUUUUUUCAGAUCACAAGGUGAAACGAAGAUAAGAGACAGAUAAUAAUGUCAGACUCUUUCUUCGGGUUCGAUACUACUUUACCACCAAUAGACUCUGACCAAUUAAAUGGGUUGGGGGAAAAUAACGGUGGGCAAAAGGACGAAAUCGAGGAGGAAGAGUUGGAGAGGAAACUUAAAGAUAUUACUCUCAUUUCGGGGGAAGACUUUGGAGUUUAUGACGAUGAGCAGAACUUUGAUUUGGGUACCCAAUUGGAAGAAACAGGGGACGAUUUUAAUGACGAAACUUUUGGAAAUGUUGGAGAUAUUGGCCAAGAUUUUGAUUAUACAGGAAGUACUGCAAAAAUAGUAGGUACUAUACAAAAAGAAGAGGAAAUCUAUGUUAACCGACGGGAAAGUAGUAAUAAUUCAGAAAAUGUUGAUGAACCGGAUAAGCGUAGGCCAUCUUAUGCUGCAUUAUGGGGAGAUGAUUCAAAUGGUAUAGUUAAUGGACAUUCAGGAGAAACAGUAAUCACACCACCAUUACCAGAGCCACCCAUAAGCCCUUCAAUAUGGGGAACUUUUCAUCCGCCACCAAACCGUAAAGACUCUCUUACUCUUGUCCAAGACAGUACCAUACCACAGCGUUACACUCCGCCUCAGACAUCUCCCUUACCUCCUGGCUUUGGGCUAUCAUCACAUCCUUCCACCCGCAUACCAAUCCCUCUUGAAGAAAUUGAAGCACAAUUACACAGGCAAGCUGGAUUACCAGAAAAAAAGAUGUUGAGCUUGGCUGAAGUUGAGGCUGCCAUAAUGGGCAUAAACGGUCGCCCACAACAGUUACCUAUUCAUCCCACGACAGAGGCUGUUUACAGUGAACAAGAAACUAUUGCUUAUCUUGAACAAGAGGCGGCUCUUCGGGAACAUGAAGUUUUGUUGUAUCAUAGGGAAAGGAAGAGACGAGAGAAACAACGAAAGUUAGCCGAAAUGUCCAGAUUUAAUGGUCUUAUGACUCAAAGCGAUAAAGACUGGAUUAAUAAAAUUCAGAUAUCUCAACUCGUGACGGAUGAUCCCUAUGCAGAUGAUUUUUAUUUUCAAGUUUAUUCAGCCAUAAGAAACCGACAAACACAGCCUCAUAUGUCUGCCUUUUCUCCGCACGGUGGAGCUGGAUUCAUGGGACAUGAACGAAGGCACCGUAGUAGAGGAUCAGAAAGUGGGUUAUUGAAAAUGCAACAACAGGUCUUGAGAAUAGUAAAUGAUGCCAGGAGAAAACCCAAAUUAACUCAGCUAUCACUUGAAGGUGCUUUAGGCAAAAUUGCACUUAAUUCCGUUCGUAAUCCCAGACAAUUAUUACAGGUUUCUUCCAAACAUAAUGAUACACAUCACCAUGUGGGACCUAGUGGUGGAAAUCAACAACAACACCAAAAAAUCCCAUCAAUUUCAUCCCACGGCAUCAUAGAUCAUAGGAAAGUUCUGCGAUCCAUUGAGAAUGUUUACACAGCCGUACUUGCUUUAGAAGAAUUAAGGAGAAAUCAACCACCAUUACCAAGACCAUAUGUCGAUCAUGAGCGAGAAGCAGUUGAAAAAUGGAAUGAAGAAUACGCAGAGCUGGCCAAAAAAAUGUGGGAAGAACUAAGAGUUACGGAAAUGAUCGGUGUCAGUUAUCCGCAUCCAUUUAUUAGUAUACUUUCUGUUGCAAAAGGGAAAAAAGUCAUUCCGCGUGUACUGCGACAUUGUCUUCCUGAUCAAAUUCUCACAUUAAUCACCAUGUUAGUUGCCAAUUUUGAGACACUUGAUGUUUGUAAAGGUGCAAUUUGGGGAACUCAAGGAAUUGUUAGUCCUGCAAUGUUAGAUGAGGUUGAAUUAUAUAUGAACACUGUUGUUCCGCCGCUGUUACAAUUUGUAGCAGAGGCACCAAUGAGAAUUGUACUUGGGUUAUUUGGAUUAUUCAUUGAAAGAAAUAAUAUUGUGUGGGUGGCAAGAAGUAAGGUUGGUUUAGCUUUUUUAACGAUGUUUUUGAGCCGUACUGAAAUACUAAAACAAGGAGGUGGAGCUAUGCAAGGUUUGCCUUUACCGGAAGAACGAGAAUUAUUACAAUGGCAAGAGAUAUACAAUCGACUAUUCAGUCUAUUGCAGAAUCAUUUUCUUUCAUUGUUUCCACCAUUUAAUAUUGGAAUAGACGAUAUGUAUGUAUGGCAAUUUCUUGCAGCGAUGGCUGUCGGUGCAUCUACUGAUCAACAACAUAUUUUAGUAACCGAAGUGAGGGAACGAGUAUUAGAUACUGUAAUACAAGCUUCAAGGCUUACAACUGAUAAAUCAUCAUCACACAAAAUUGCCAAUGUUAAUUUAUUUUUAAACGCAUUGGGACUUGAUGCAUCACAACUUAAAAUUUAAAUAAAAAAUAUUUUUAAGAAUUGUUU